AUGAACAUACGGGAGCUGAAAGGAAGGAAAGAAGCGUUAGGGAAUUGAGGAUACGGGGAUGCCCCGGAGCCCUGGCAAUUGGGGUUACAAGAUCCGGGGUGCUAUUUGAUGGAGGACAUCGUACAGUUUCAUGAUUGGAUAAUGUACAUACUGGUUCUUAUUUUAUCUUUUGUGCUGUGGUUAAUAGUUAGAGCGCUGACAACAAAUAGCACAAAUAUGUAUUUAGUGGACGCACCGGUAAUAGAAAUUAUUUGGACUUUAAUUCCUGCAGGGGUGUUAAUGUUUAUAGCCCUACCAUCUUUGAAAUUGUUGUAUUUAAUGGACGAAAUCGGGGAGCCGGCUUUAACCAUUAAAGCCGUGGGGCACCAGUGGUACUGAUCUUAUGAGUACUCGGAUUAUGGAAAUAGCACAGUGGAAUUCGACUCAUAUAUGAUUCCAACAUCAGAUUUAAACAGUGGGGAUUUGAGAUUAUUAGAGGUAGAUAAUAGAUUGGUAGUGCCAAUACACACCCAAGUAAGAGUAUUGGUAACGGGGGCAGAUGUGUUACACUCUUUUGCGGUGCCGUCAUUAGCAGUUAAAAUUGAUGCGGUACCAGGGAGGUUGAAUCAAACUAACUUUUUAAUUAAAAGACCGGGAGUAUAUUAUGGGCAAUGCUCAGAAAUAUGUGGGGCAAAUCAUUCAUUUAUGCCUAUUGUAAUAGAGGGAGUGGCAAUGGAGAAAUACACUAAUUGAAUUGGAGCACUUUUAUCGGAAUAG